AUGUCUGGGUUUGGCGUGCAGAAGCGUGGAGGCGGCUUCGACCACUACAGUAGCGGCCACGUCCAGAAGCAUGCUCGCUCCGAAAACCUCAGCCCCAACCUCGCUCCCCGCGGACCGAACAAUGCCUACCAGUACCAAAACAAUGGCCACCCGUCACCGCAGAGCGGCCCAUUUAAGAGCAGAGACCGCAGGGGCGAAACGGCGUACUUCGAGCACAUCGACAGACUGCCUGACCCUUCGAAAUGCGAGCCGUGCAAGCUAGCCAAGCAAGAGGUGGACGCGGGCUUGAUCGCGCUUCUGGCAAAGGUCGAAGCAGAUGAGCUGACUUCUGACGGUGAUAAGGACAUACUGCGCUGUGCUGGGGAAAUGCGACGACUGUUGUCCGCUCGAAGCAGUAGGAAGCAUGCCCAACAGAUGAAAGUACUGGACAAGGAACGACCGGUCGAGGGCAAAUAUAUUAUGAUUCCUGCAUACAUUGAGCAGAAGAUGGAAGACGCGAUAUCCCUGCCACCACUGCCGCCUAUCCUCGAACCCUCGCUGCAGGAGCAAGUGUUCACUCAUGCUUCCGUUUACGAAUCUAAAGCCAAGGCCAAGGGGGUUACUUCCACCGACGAUCUCACAUACGAACGCCUCGAGUUUAUCGGAGAUGCUUAUCUUGAAGUGAUGGCUACACGGCUGAUCGCGUAUCGCUUGCCACAUUUGGACAUCCCGUCACAAGCACACUUUCGCGAACAGCUGGUCAGGAACGACACAUUAUCAAAGUUCUCCACUGGUUACGGCUUUCCCGAUCGCCUGAAGCAUGCAUCACAUCUCAAACCGGGCAAAGUCUGGAACAAGAUCACGGCGGAUGUGUUUGAAGCCUAUGUCGCCGCAGUGGUACUCUCGGACCCGGUGGAGGGGUUCCUCACAGCUGAGAAGUGGAUGAACCAGCUAUGGGCCAAGCAAAUGAUCGAUUAUCGCGAGCCCAUCUUAGUGGAAAACGCGCAUGCACAAGAGGAGCUCAGCAAGCUUGUUCACAUGAACCACAUAAAGCUCAAUUACUAUGACGAGAAGGAGAUGGAGAUGACAAAGGACGGGGUGCAGAGGUUCUUCCAGGGUGUCUAUUUGACAGGCUGGGGCUACGAAAACGAGUGGCUUGGUAGCGGGGUGGGUAGGAAUAAGUCGCAGGGCGCAGUCAAUGCAGCGCAGGAUGCUCUGACCAGAAGCAACGAUGCGCUACGAACGGCCAUACAGAGGAAGCAAGAGUUUUUGGCACAGCAACAGAAGGAACGAGAUCAAAAGCGAGCAGAGCUUCGGAGACAGGCAUAUAGGGGUGACGAGGAAGCAAUUACAGAGCUCAGACGUAUCCUCAGCAACGAUAUUCGGAUCAAAAGAAAACAGGCAGGCAAAGGCGACGCGGACGCGGCAGCCAAGCUGGGAGAGCUUGUCGCUGAAGAAGCACUUCUUGCAGACAGGUUAGAUCUGAAGGAUGCUGACGAAGGCAAAGUUCAGACUCAAAAUGGCGUGGAACUUGGGAAGCCAGUCGAGACGAAGGUUUAUACUCAGGCCCAAAACACCGCCGACAGGAAUCCCGACAUGACCUCGACAAAGAAGCACAAGAAAAACAAGGAAUCGAAGCAGGAGCAUCCGAAACCAGUGAAGGAGGCUAAACAAAGCCCCGAGGACUUCCUUGCCAAUAUAAUGGCAGGAGGGAAAACCGACACGACGUUAGCGAAGGAGACCCAAAAGGAUGACAGCUCGUGGUUGGAGAAAGAACAAAAGAAGAAGGAGAAAGAGCAGAGGAAGAAGCAGGAGAAGAUGGCAAAGAAGGAGAAAAAGGAGAGUUCAACAUAG